AUGUCGAAGUCAGUCAGUGGGGAGAGCAGCGACGACGACCGCUCGACGCAGUGGCGCGCGAAGUCGAGAUCGAGACCGCAACCGGAGUCCCGCGACGGCGACGUGGUGAAGGGCGAGUACAGCGUGGUGGAGCCCGACGGCAGCGUGCGCCACGUCACCUACACCUCCGACCCCAAGAACGGCUUCAGGCUACCGUCCACAACAGCGCGCAGGGUCAUCGCUCGGCGCCCGCGCCUGCUCCCGCCCCCGCCCCCGUCGCCCAGCAGUACCACGGCGGCAACGACUACUACUGAGCGAGCUGGCCUGACGCCCCGCCCCCACCCCUCCACGUUGCGCCCAUCUGCCCAUGAAAAUGCCCUUCGACGCAAGAUUACUUCCAGCACUCGUUCUUGCGUGCUGGCAAAAAAGACUCCAUGGAAGAACUAA